CGCGCCCAGCCGGCUGGGAGGCGGGAGCCGGGAGACGGGAGACGGGCCGCAGGGACCAGGAGCAGCUGAGCUGCGGUGCAACCAAGCCCGAGCCGCCGGGCGUCGCGGACCCGGGCCCCGAGGAGGCCCCAGGAGAGGCAUCUCCCCCGCGGGAGUCGCCGGGUGCGGGGGCGCCGUGGCCGCACGUUCAGGAAGGAGGACGCGGAGGAAGCGGCGCUGCCAGCCGGAGGAGAGGAAGCGCUCCACCCGGGCCCCCGACGGCGCUCGUUUAACCACAUCCGCGCCUCCGCUGGAAACGCGUCUGGGCGCCUGUCACCGGUUCCCUCCAUUUUGAAAGGGAAAAAGGGCUCUCCCCUUUCGCAUCCUCCUAGGAGCCGGAGCCGGAGGAGCCGCGCUCAUGGCGUUCAGCCCCUGGCAGAUCCUGUCCCCCGUGCAGUGGGCGAAAUGGACGUGGUCCGCGGUGCGCGGGGGGGUCGCCGGAGAGGACGAGGCCGGAGGGCCCGAGGGCGACCCCGAGGAGGAGGACUCGCAAGCCGAGACCAAAUCCUUGAGUUUCAGCUCGGAUUCUGAAGGUAAUUUUGAGACCCCUGAAGCCGAAACGCCCAUCAGUUCACCUUGCAAGGAAUCCUGUGAUUCACACCCAGGACUGGCAGGCCCUGGGGCCAAAACCCAAGACUCACAAGAAGUGGACGAACAGCUGGUAGCAGAAGUGGUUGAAAAAUGGUCGCCUGAGGCUGGUUCUAGACCCUCAGAAAACGAGGCAGCUCAGCAUGCUACUGAGUCUUACUCAAUCAAGGGUUUCAGAGAAGAACCUGAACACGAUGUGAGCAAAAUCUCUGUCGUGAGGCCGUUUUCCGUAGAAACCAAGAAUUCCACGGCACCCCGGGGGCCGCCUGGCCCAGCAGCGGCUCAUGGCUGCGCGGCCGCAGCCCUAGGCCAGGCCGGGCCCUGCCCCCGCGCGCCGGGCGCCGCCCAGGACCAGGCGAUGACCGAGGGCGCCAUGGGGGCCACGCCGGAGGCCUCGGCGGAAGCUGACCCGGAGGCGGGGAGCCCGUGUCCGGAGCCUGGGGCCAGCAGAAGCAGGCUGCGGAAGCCCAGGCCCCUCCCCGCGAGGAAGAAGGCGGCAGGCGGCGGGGUCUUCGAAGCCCACCCCGCCCCGGAGGGCGCGCGUCUUCCCCGGGCGGACCGCCAGUCCGGUCCCGACGGAGCGGCUGGGAACGCCUCCACCCCAGCCCUGCUAGGAGGUGACAGGAGCCAGAAGUCACCCCCCGAGGUGAGGGAGACACCGUGUGCCCCCGGCGGUGACACCCGCCACUCGGGGGCUGAGCUGCCGGUGGCGGUGAGGAGCUCCCCUCUGAAACUGGAGUUUGACUUCACGGAAGACGUGGAGACUGUGGAGUCCAGGAAAGCCCUCCCGAGGAAACCCGGCCAGAAACCGGGCUGCAGGGUGACGCCCAAGGUUCAGAAAGACGGCGCCGGGGAGCCAGGAGGCGCCCCGGGGGCAGGGGCGUCCUCAGAGCCGGGUCCCCGCCCGUGUCCCGGGGAGAGCCCCGACUUCGGGCCCUUUGGGGGCCACUCCCCGCUGCAGUGCUCGCCCCUGCUCUCGGCUCAGGGCUCCUACCACUUUGACCCAGAUCACUUUGACGAAUCCAUGGAUCCCUUUAAACCCGCUAUGACUUUAACGACCAGUGACUUUGGUUCUCCUGCUGGUAGUCAUAUUAGUGAAAUCUUAGAAUCACCCAAGAAGGCAAAGUCGCGUUUGAUAACGACUACUGAACAAGUGAAAUUUCUCUGUUUUCUGUUGAGCGGCUGUAAGGUGAAGAAAUACGAAGCCCAGUCUCUUGCUUUGGAUGGGUGUUCUCAGGAUGAAGGAGCAGCGAUCUCCCAGAUUUCAGACAUUUCUAACAGGGAUGGCCAUGCUACCGACGAGGAGAAGCUGGCGUCCACGUCAUCUGGUCAGAAACCCAUUGGGGCCGAGGGGAAAGGUGAGCCAGAGGACGACCUGGAGUACUUUGAAUGUUCCAAUGUUCCCGUGUCUGCCAUAAAUCAUGCGUUUUCAUCCUCAGAAGCAGGCACCGAGAAGGAGACGUGCCAGCAGAUGGAGAAGGAUGGACCCGCCGUGCCCGCCGCACUGCUGGAGUCCCUGGGGGAGAAGGGCCCUGUGUCCGUGGCCUGUGGAGGGGAGAGCCCGCUGGACGGCAUCUGCCUCAGUGAAUCAGACAAGACCGCCGUGCUCACCCUGAUACGAGAAGAGAUAAUCACUAAAGAGAUGGAAGCAAAUGAAUGGAAGAAAAAAUACGAAGAAACCCGACAAGAAGUCUUGGAGAUGAGGAAAAUUGUGGCUGAGUAUGAGAAGACCAUCGCCCAAAUGAUCGAAGAUGAACAGAGGACGAGCAUGACCUCUCAGAAGAGCUUCCAGCAGCUGACCGUGGAGAAGGAGCAGGCCCUGGCCGACCUAAACUCGGUGGAAAGGUCCCUCUCCGACCUGUUCAGGAGAUACGAGAACCUGAAAGGCGUCCUGGAAGGGUUCAAGAAGAAUGAAGAAGCCUUGAAAAAAUGUGCUCAGGAUUACUUAGCCAGAGUUAAACAAGAAGAGCAGCGGUAUCAGGCCCUGAAAAUCCAUGCGGAGGAAAAACUGGACAAAGCCAACGAGGAGAUUGCUCAGGUUCGAACAAAAGCAAAGGCUGAGAGCGCCGCUCUCCACGCGGGGCUCCGGAAAGAGCAGAUGAAGGUGGAGUCCCUGGAAAGGGCCCUUCAGCAGAAGAACCAAGAAAUUGAAGAACUGACGAAAAUCUGUGACGAGCUGAUUGCAAAGCUGGGAAAGACGGACUGAGUCUCCCCUGUUAGCUCAGCAGAUCUGCAUUUGGCUGCUUCUCUCGUGACCACGAUUAUCUUGCCUUAUCCAGGAAUAAUUGCCCCUUUGCAGAGAAAAAAAAAAAAACCACGGAACUUUACAAAAGCACAUACCUACCGCUGCCUGUCCCGCUUUGCUGCCGUCUCACCCGCCCGGGAGGCGCCGCUGGAGGAUUUACUGCGCAGCCGCGGAAGGAGUGGCCUGACCGACCCAUCUGGCUCAGUGAGACGGGCUGCCCAGUCUGGGCUGGAUUCUCUAUCUUUGGUUUGUUUUAAAGUCAUCUUUACUUUCCCCAAGUGCGUUCAGCGUAUGAUUUUAUGGUUUCUAUUUGGGACCAUAUCCUGUCCACCACCUGUCUGAUUUUUUUAAAAAUUUAUUUCAUCUUUUACAUUUAAUUUUCAAUAUUCGUGGUUUCAUUUGAGGAGGUAAUUUGGCCUAUUGUUACUUCCAGUUGAGUACCCAUUUAUACACACGCUC